GCGUGUUACAUCUAAUUUCUAAAUAGUAGUGAUGUGCUGCCAAAUAGGGACAUUGGAGGAUUGUUGAUUUUUGAGUCACUUUGUGAAAGUCAAAGUUUCAAAGAUUGUGUUAUUUACAUUUGUUGACAAUUAGCAAAUCGUGAAGAAUAAGAUUGCAUUUUAAAAAUGGAUUUAUCAGAAUAUUCACCCACAUAGUUUGAAGGAGUAAAAUUUUGAUUAGAUAUUCAUUUUGGAAUUAUUUGUGAAUUAAAUAUUGUGUGUAUAUAGUAACUAAGAAAAUGGCAUAUUUGGGUGGAGCAGAUAAAGUUGAUGGCUCAUGGGAGCUGAAUAUUCUGGUCACAGAUCUUCAAGUUGAGAGGACUCUGCGAGUGAAUGGAGAUUUACAUGUAGGAGGUGUCAUGGUGAAACUUGUAGAUGCUUUAGAUAUCGCAAUGGACUGGUCAGAUCAUGCGUUAUGGUGGCCAGACAAAAACAGAUGGCUGAAGAGGUCAAGGUCAACGUUGGAUCAGUACGGUGUUCAAGCUGACGCAAAACUUCACUUUACGCCAAUGCAUAAAAAUCUACGUGUUCAGUUACCGGACUUACAAAUUCUCGAUAUGAGACCUGAUUUUAGUUCUUUGGGAACAAUUUUCAUUCAUAUUAUCUAUAUAUGCAAAAGAUGUAGAAUAAGGCACCCAGAGGAAAUGUCAUUGAUGAAAAAGUUUGAUAAGGAUGACUUGAAAAAGAAUAUAAAAGAAACAUUAAAUCAGAAAGAUAAGAAGAAGAAGAAAGAUUCAAAAUUGGAUGACAGUUUAACAGUGAAUGGAAAUGGAACUUUACAUCAUAAUUCACAAAACAGUUUGGAUAGAUUAAGUCCAUAUAACAGGAGUCCUAUGGGACCAUCCCCUUCAAUCUCUCUUGGACAAUUCUAUGACUAUAAUACAUUACAACACAUGCCUGGAACCCCCGGUACCCCAGGCAGUCCCUAUAAUACCCUUUCCCCUAAUGGCAACCUUAGUAUGAUGAAUGGGACCAUGUCACCAGGGUCCAUGUACAGUUUGUCAUUCGAGAGUGCCAUGGAGUCAGCCCUUGCAAAUAGUCCGCCAGUAACAACUAAAGAAGCUUUCCAGUACUUGAAUAGACCAAAAAACCUCCUGGAAAAGGCUAGAGUAAAUUAUGCAUGGUUGGAUUCCUCAAGGUCACUGAUGGAACAAGGUGUUAGAGACAAUGACUUCACCUUGCUGAAAUUCAAAUACUACAAUUUUUAUGACCUCAACCCUAAGUAUGACGCUGUAAGGAUUAACCAGAUCUACGAGCAGGGAAAAUGGGCGAUAAUUUCGGAGGAGCUGGACUGCACGGAGGAGGAAGCCAUGAUGUUUGGUGCCCUGCAGGUCCAGGUACAGCUGCAGUCGGGAAGCAGUGCUGGAAAUGACACAGUCGACUCUUCAAUGAUGCACGAGGGCGGGGACGAUAUUGACGCCGCGUUGUCUGACCUUCAAGAGUCACUAGAGGGCAGUCAUCUCUCCUCACCUGGUGACAUAACUCAUAUUCCAGAAUUAGCAGACUAUGUCAAAUUUUUAAAACCAAAGAAGUUCACAUUGAAGAGCUACAAACGUUACUGGUGUUCAUUCAGAGACACCCAUGUAGCUUUCUACAGGUCAAAGGAAGAGGCUGUUGGUUCUCCUAUAAAUAGAAUAAAUUUUAAAGGAUGUGAGGCCCAUCCAGAUGUCAACCUUCAUCAUAAAAAGUAUGGAAUUAAGCUGUACAUACCAGGGCCUGAUGGUAUGGAAGAAAUCUGGUUGAGAUUUGAAUCAGAAGAGCAGUACUGUAAAUGGAUGGCAGCCUGCAAGCUGGCAUCAAAAGGAAAAACAAUGGCCGACAGUUCAUAUGAGACAGAGGUUCAAUCCUUGCAGAAACUCCUCAGUAUGCAGAAGACGACGUCUGCCCCAGAGAAUAAGAUUAACACACCAAACCAGCUUGAUAUUAACCCAGAAGAUUUCGUAUCACCAAGACAUUUCAAGAAAGUUAAAUCUAAACAGAUUGUUCAUCGUAUAAUGGAAGCUCAUUCAAAUGUCAGAGACAUGGGCUUGAUUGAAGCUAAACUGGCCUACAUUCGGGCCUGGCAGGCUUUACCCGAGUUUGGAAUAUCCUACUUCGUUAUUAAGAUGGCUAAUGGCAAAAAGGAGGAAAUAUUGGGAAUUCAUCCGAAUAAAGUGAUACGUAUGGACAUGAAUUCUGGAGAUUCUUUAAAAACAUGGAGAUACGAUAGUUUGAGAUCUUGGCAUGUGAACUGGGAAGUUCGUAACGUAAUUCUUGACUUUGAAGAAGGAAAGGUGGUAUUUUCAUCACUCAGUGCGGACUGUAAAGUUGUUCAUGAAUUUAUCGGAGGCUAUAUCUUCCUGUCAAUGAGAUCGCAAGAUAAAAAUCAGACUCUCGAUGUUGAACUCUUUCAUAAGUUAACCGGAGGUCGAUCUUGAAGAAAUGCAUCAUAACAACAAGUACUGGGAGAGAAAAACAAUAUUCAUAUGAUUUAAAGCAUUUAUAGUGCCUAUGAAAAGUGUCUGUGUUUUGCAUAACAGCUUACGUAUAAAAGCGCGGAUGAAAAAAACUAAAAAGUGGCAGUAUAUAUAUAUGAGAGAUAUGCCAUGAUACGAUGAAGCAGUAUCAAUACUUAAAUGCAUUUACCCAUAAGUCACUGUUAUACUGUAGUCAUCUAUGAAACUGAUUAACGAAAAGAAGUUUUUUAAGAAAAGCCAUUGCUUAAACAGCUUUUAAACUUUUCUCUCCGAUAGUCACGUCUUUUAAAAUACUUUGUAUGUCAUGCAAUAAGAUAACCAUUACCUCAUAUAUAAUUUGAAAAUGAAAUUGAGGUAAUUUGUUAUGAAGUUGUGGUAAAAGAAAUUAGAUGUUUGGAUAUACUUUUAAAAUAGUUGGAAAACGAACGAUUUUUCCAAGUCCAGUGAAAGCAAGAUAUUAAAAAGUUGAAGUAAGGCUGCUUGCUGGAGAGCAGAUGAGUGCUGCAUUGAAAUUGAUGUUUUUAUUAUUUAAUUAUAUAAAAUUGUAUAUGUUGUUGCUAGCAAUCCUGUUACUAUGCUUUUAGAUUUGUUAUGGCAACCAUAAAAAUGUGUAGAUAUGUAUAGAAAAGAUGUAUAGUAAUUGUUUCUCACAGAGCAUGGAAUUUACGACGACGACGCAGUGGCGGGAAGGAUUGUUCUUGUUGUUUUAAAAUCUGAUUGCGCAAUCUUUUCAUGUAUGUCUUAAAUAUAAUUAUUGUGCAUUUUUUU